GAGAAACAGCCGCUUCCCGCAUCUUUGUGGCUGGGGGCCAGGGUUUCCAACCAGCCAGAGUCCAUCCAGUCGGAAGCCUGGGCCCCGGGGCCAAGGGAAGGGAGGAUGCUGAAGGCCAUAACCGGACCUUGGCUCUGGAACCGGAGCGGGCCGGUGGCUUCCCUUCUGCGGACGCUGCGAAAGCUCUAAGAAUUGGCGACCGCCUCUAUGACGUCACGGAGCCCCGGCCGAGACUUCCUUGACUUUUGAUCCAAUUAGACUUACAGUUGGGCUUCUGGGCGGGGCCAAGGGAAGCCAAAGGAAUAUCUCGAGGUUUGGGGGACCCCACGUGGGAAACUCAAAAGGGGAAACGGCAGGGGUUUCUGGUAGAGAGGAGACGGCCUAUGAUUCAGAUCCAAGUCGACAAACUCGAUUCCAUGCAGCCAACGUCUCCCUAGCCCUAACCCCGAAAUCCUUAAUCUUUUUUUUUUUUUUGUACCUGGGAUCCAACUUGGGACCUUGCCCUUGCAAGGCAAGCGGCAGCACCACUGAGCUAAAUCCGUUGCCCAGAAAUCCUUAAUCUUAGUGGGGGAAAAUAUUAGAGCACCCAGCUCGCUCUUUCAAAAGCCCUCAGGAGCUGGACUGGGCUCCCGAGCCAAGCCUAGUGUUUGAGGGCAUGAGUCAGAGAUCAAGGUCGGAGGGGUGCCUCGCUGGUUAGGUUGCAUGGGGCUCUGUUCCUGAGAAGGGUGUGCCCUGCAAAUUAGGGGUCUUGGUCUUGGGGUAGAGUGGGCAAGGUCUCCCUGGGACGGGAGGGUGGCUGGGAGUCUUAGUUAAGUUUAUAAAGUCCCCACGUUUAGGGAUUUGGGGUAUAUUUUUGGUUGAGGGAACUUUGAGUUUGAUAAUACCCAGGGUGGCUCUGUACUGCCUAGUUUAUUUGGUUUGGGCACUGAAAUUUCAGUUGGAGGUACAACAGGUUUUGAGGGUCUUGGGGUGUCUGAGAGUCGAUCCAUUUGAGGUUGGGAUCACAUUGAUUUGGGGGAGUUGGGAAGGGCAUGGAUUGGGAUUUGGGGAGCCUUUGUGGGUUAGGGGUCCAGUGUCCUGCUUUAAUGCUUUUGUGGUCUCUCAGUUGGGAUGCAAUGCAGACCCUAAAUUUGGGGGCCCAUGGAUUAGGAUUGUGUCUCACACUUUGGAGACAUUUGGUGAAGGAUAUGUCUUAAUUUGGAGAUUUCUUAAAGACUCUGUUUCCUGGCGACCUUGCAGAUAGGGGGCUCAUUGAGGUCUAAAAUGAGCUGUAGCAUCUCCCCUUUCAGCAGCCACCUGUUCGGUUUGGGGUGAGAGGACCACACGCUCUAGCUGCGAUGGGCCUGCGUUUUGCCCUCCUGUUGGUGGCCCUGGCCUGCUGCCUGCUGCCUGCAAGGUGCUGUAUCAUAUGUGACCCAUCUGUGGUGGCAGCGCUAAAGUCCUUGGAGACAGAUUACUUGCCUGGCCACCUGAGCACAAAGCAUCACGCAGAUGUGAUGCAAACGGUGCAGCAGGGUGUGAAGGAUUUCCAGAACCUGCAGUUCAAGGAGGAGUCCUACAUGGGGGCUGUUGAUGAGGACACACUGCAACAGGCAUCCUGGAGUUUUCUGAAGGAAUUGAAACGAAUUACAGACAGUGAUGUAAGAGGGGAGCUCUUCGUGAAGGAGCUGUUUUGGAUGCUGCACCUACAGAAAGAGAACUUUGUCAAACUUGCUAAGCAGUUCCAAAAUGAGGUUUAUUGUCCUAACAAAUGUGGCACGAUGUUGCAGACUCUGAUCUGGUGCAACAAGUGCAGGAAGGAGGUGCACACCUGUUUGAAGUCCUACGAUUGCGGAAGUCGCAAUGUGGAGGUCCAUGAGAUGGAAGACAUGAUCCUGGACUGUCAUCUCAACUGGCACCAGGCCUCUCAAGGACUCACUGACUACAGCUUUUACAGGGUUUGGGGGAACAAUUCUGAGACCUUGGAGUCCAAGGGAAAGGAGUCCCUCCUGACCAAGCCUUUGGUGGGGCCAGAGGAUGCAGGCGACUACCGCUGUGAGUUGGGCACCGUGAGUUACGGCCCAGCCACGAUCAUCUAUUUCCACGUCACAGUGUUGCCCAAAAGGCUGGAGGAGGAGCAGCAGUCAUCAAACGUAACCUCAGAACUCCUGGAGUCCUUGCCUGAGACCCUCCAGCCUCCAAAGCCCGAGAAUAUCCUGAGACGCCGCCUCUUAGGGAUGCUGAUCUGUGGCUCUGUGGGCUCUAUACUUCUGAUAGCUGGCAGCUUGGCCACUGUGUUAUUUCACAGGGGCAAGACGACCACGGCCAACCCGAAGUGCUCACCGGUCAAUAGUGACAACGAAGCUGCUGCGCAACCAAAGGAAAAGGCCACAGAUCUGGAGAGCCAAUAAAGAUUUGUCUUUUUGUCUAA